AUGCUCGAAUCAUUGGUUGCAGGGCCAAAAGACAAUGCGGAAAAUGAGGAACGAGAGAUGGUUAAAGUGCUAUGCGCGGAUGGAUACUGGAGCAGGUUAUGGAUAGUUCAAGAGAUUGGACGAGCACGGCAGAUGGAAGUUCGUUUUGGUGAAAUUGCCAUGUCUUGGAAGGCAUUCAUCGAAAUGGUAACUUUGCACGAGAAUAUUAAUCAGGGUCCUUUGAGGUUAAACUCACUGCUUCUAGAGAAAUAUUCCGGUACCUAUAUUUUUCGCAAGCUCCUGUGUGAUCAUCGAGAAGCUCUAUGCACGGAGCCAAGAGAUAAGAUAUACGGCUUAGUUGGUCUAGCAGCUGAUACCAUCGGAUUUCACAUGGACUACAACAGAACUCUGGUUGAAGUAUGCGCGGAUAAAAUGGUGUUUUUCAAUCGUGACGGGUGUCUCUCCAGUGACCAUGGUAUUCAUUUUGGAGAACUCGUCAAGAGUCUGUUGAUCAGAGCCAACUCGGGGCCCCUUGAACAAGCUCUACCAUUGAACUGUUCGCAAUCUAUUCCGACCCUCUGCAUGGAAGACACCAAAAACAAAAGUCCCAGAGUAUUUGGACUCCAAGGCUAUGUCGUCGGAUGCAUAGUAGCUGUCGGUCCUUGCCCUACGGAGAUAGUUCCGAAUAUGCAAAAGGCCGAUCAAUGGGACUCUGAAAUUUCGCAAAAUUUCCCAGAAGGGCUCGGUGAAGCUCAUCGUGAGAGUGAUGAACUGAUAAACUAUCUUUUAGAGUCGAAAAACUCCGAACUAGAAUCAAUUUCUUUCAGUCACAUGAGUAGUGUGUCUUGGAAAAAGUCGUGUAACUAUUACAGAACCCCAGAAUCUAUUUACAGUGCAUUAUUAAACAACUACAACCCGAAUACUCUGUUACAUCACAAGAUAUCUCAACGACGGCUCCUAGCUCAAGUCUAUUCCUCGCCAAGAACUACUACCGCAGAGAAACCCCCUGGAAAAUGGGAAUUGCGACAAGCCAGGCCCGACCUAAAGACCUUGUUUGUUGGAUCAGCGGGGUCUCGAGAGCUCUUCUACUGCGUAAAAUUGGAAGCUCGGGAAACGCCAAAGUUUGGCAGCCGAUCUGACUUUGUUCGACAAGGAGACAAUGGACUUGGAGGUGGACGCAGCGACAGUUUAUGUCAUCUUGUCUCAGAUAAUAAGCAAGCAGAGAGCAGAGAGCAUUGUCAAUAG